GGUGGAGUUAUGCUAAUGCUCGCUCCCCAGCCCUCGGCACAGCCGGUGCCGCUCGCUCCGCAUCUUCUCCUGGCCACGGGUGACACCGGCUCUGCCAUGGCCACCACCGAGCUACAGCCUGGGAGAGAGAUAAAGCGUUUCCUGAAGGAGGACUCGGAGGAGGCUGAGCUGACCCAGUUCCUGCGAGAUUGCCCCUCGGCCGACAGCCCCAGGAAGGUGGAGCCCUCGGAGAGCCGGCGGGAGGCCGGCCACCCCCCCCCCGGCGUGGGCAGGGUCCCCUCUGAGGAAUCUGCUGACGAAAGGGACUCCAGGAUCUUCUCCCGGGCACGGCCCUCAGAUUUCCAGCAGCACAUCGCGGCCCCUCCACCCCCCAGCCCCAACCGCCCACGGAGCCCCUGGGGGCAGCUGGACCCCUACGACUCCUCUGAGGAUGAUAAGGAGUACGUGGGCUUUGCCACGCUGCCCAACCAAGUCCAUCGGAAGUCAGUGAAGAAAGGCUUUGAUUUCACCCUCAUGGUGGCAGGAGAAUCUGGGCUGGGUAAGUCCACCCUGGUCAACAGCCUCUUCCUGACGGACAUGUACAGAGACCGCAAGCUGCUGAACGCUGAAGAGCGCAUCACGCAGACAGUGGAGAUCACCAAGCACGUGGUGGACAUCGAGGAGAAGGGCGUCAAGCUGCGCCUGACCAUCGUGGACACGCCAGGCUUUGGUGAUGCUGUCAACAACACUGAGUGCUGGAAGCCAGUGGCUGACUACAUUGACCAGCAGUUUGAGCAGUACUUCCGUGAUGAAAGUGGCCUCAACCGCAAGAACAUCCAGGACAACCGCGUCCACUGCUGCAUCUACUUCAUCUCACCCUUCGGCCACGGCCUCCGGCCCCUGGAUGUGGAGUUCAUGAGAGCCCUGCACCAGCGGGUGAACAUCGUGCCUGUGCUGGCCAAGGCUGACACCCUGACCCCCACCGAGGUGGAGCGCAUGAAGAACAAGAUCCGGGAGGAGAUUGACCACUACGGCAUCCGCAUCUACCAGUUCCCUGAGUGUGACUCAGAUGAGGAUGAGGAGUUCAAGCUGCAGGACCAGGCACUGAAGGAGAGCAUCCCCUUCGCUGUCAUUGGCAGCAACACCAUCGUGGAGGCCAAGGGCCGGCGUGUCCGCGGGCGGCUGUACCCCUGGGGCAUCGUGGAAGUGGAGAACCCAUCCCACUGCGACUUCGUGAAGCUGCGGACGAUGCUGGUGAGGACCCACAUGCAGGACCUCAAGGACGUGACACGGGAAACCCACUACGAGAACUACCGCACGCAGUGCAUCCAGAGCAUGACCCGCAUGGUGGUGAAGGAGAGGAACCGCAACAAGCUGACACGAGAGAGUGGGACAGACUUCCCCAUCCCUGUCAUCCCCCCGGUGCCCGAUGUGGAGACGGAGAAGCUCAUCCGGGAGAAGGACGAGGAGCUGCGGCGGAUGCAGGAGAUGCUGCAGAAGAUCCAGAAGCAGAUGAAGGACUCUCACUAGCCAUCCCCUCCCCCAUCCUCCUCCUCCUCCUCCUUCUUCUCCUCCUCCUUCUCCUGGCCCUCCCCCAGAUCAGAAAUGUUUACAUCAGCUCCAUCCCGCCCCAGCCCUGCUGUGACACUCGGUACCGACACUGCACCGUCACCUUAAGCUGCUGCGGCAUCGCCUUAGCCACUGGGGACAGCCAGGGCACCGGGCACCCAGCCUGGCAGUCCCCUGCCCCAGCCAGGUCACUGCCCCAGCUGCCUCCCAGCCCCUCCAGGCUGUGGAUUGCUUUGUCCCCCGAGGUUUGGCUUUCCCUGUUUCCUUCACAGCUCUGGGGAGAGUCGGCAGCCAGCCUGUGCCCCGUGUCGUGCCCCUUGUCCCCGUGUCACCUCGGGCUGCCUGCUUACAGCCUUUGCACUCAGCUUAGCCCUGGCUUAAGGCAAGAGGGGAGGGAGGGGGGACUGGGCCCUGCUGUGGGGGGACAGGGUUGCUCUCCUCUGGCCUUUGCUGGCACGGGGAGAGCAGCAGUUCCUGGGGACUGCAGGUGGCUAAGGGGAUGGAGGGACAGCCACCAUCCUGGCCAGGGUGGCAGCUGGCUCUCAGCCCCUUGGUUAUCCCCAUGUCAGCAUCGGUACAAGGAGGGAUGGAGGCUCAGGGGUGUGAUGGGAGACAGCCAUGGUGUGGGGAGCACUGGGAAAGCACAAGUGCCCAGAAGAAGUCCCUUGAAUCCCAAAUCAGAGGCUGGGUCCCCUCUUCAGGUUGUCCCUGUAAAGCAAUAAUGACUGUCCCAUGCCCAUGGUGUGUCCCAGCCCAUGCCAACAGCAUCAUCCCUCGCUGGUGUUUCAGCCCCUGGUGCUGCUUGACUGUGGUAUCCCUCUGUGUCCCUAGGUUGUCCCUGUCUGUGCUGCUUCCUGGCCUCUGCAUCAGUAUGUCCUGCAAGGAUGUCCCCAGCAAAGCACUGCAGUGUGUCCUUAUAUUCCCCUCUGAUGUCCUUAUCACUGUUGCUGCCCUGCAGAGCACUGUAGUGUGUCCCCACGAACUCCUCCUGUGUCCCCGUGGGUGCUGCUGCCCUGCAAGGCACUGUGGUGUGUGCCCAUGAUCCCCUCCCGUGUCCCCAUGGGUGCUGCUGCCCUGCAGAGCACUGUGGCGUGUGCCCGUGGGUGCUGCUGCCCUGCAGGGCACUGUGGUGUGUGCUCGUGGGUGCUGCUGCCCUGCAGGGCACUGUGGUGUGUGCCCGUGGGUGCUGCUGCCCUGCAAGGCACUGUGGUGUGUGCCCAUGAUCCCCUCCCGUGUCCCCAUGGGUGCUGCUGCCCUGCAGAGCACUGUGGCGUGUGCCCGUGGGUGCUGCUGCCCUGCAGGGCACUGUGGUGUGUGCCCGUGGGUGCUGCUGCCCUGCAGGGCACUGUGGUGUGUGCCCGUGGGUGCUGCUGCCCUGCAGAGCACUGUGGCGUGUGCCCGUGGGUGCUGCUGCCCUGCAGGGCACAGUGGCGUGUGCCCGUGGGUGCUGCUGCCCUGCAGGGCACUGUGGUGUGUGCCCGUGGGUGCUGCUGCCCUGCAGGGCACUGUGGCGUGUGCCCGUGGGUGCUGCUGCCCUGCAGGGCACUGUGGUGUGUGCCCGUGGGUGCUGCUGCCCUGCAGAGCACUGUGGUGUGUGCCCGUGGGUGCUGCUGCCCUGCAGGGCACUGUGGCGUGUGCCCGUGGGUGCUGCUGCCCUGCAGGGCACUGUGGCGUGUGCCCGUGGGUGCUGCUGCCCUGCAGGGCACUGUGGUGUGUGCCCUCCAGGCUGUCCCCAUCCGCCUAUGUCAUGUCCCUGUGUCCCCCUCAGGCUGUCCUCAGCUGUGUUUCUUCUCGGCAAAGCACUGCUGUGUGUCCCCCGGGCAAGCCCUGGCCUGCACCUCCUGGCCAGCAGUCACAGGACAUCCUCUGGGAGUUGCACCUGAGCCCCCCCCCCCCCAGCUCCCUGCACCCCCUGGGUAUGGGUGAAAAACGAAAGGGGACACUGAGGCUGCAAGGUGGAGGCAGAAGGGGGAGCAGAAGGAUCACUGGCAGCUUGCUGGCAUGGAGACAUCCCCUCCCUGGCAGGGCCACCUGAUUGGGGGUCCCCUGGGUGGGCUCACCUUGGGUUUGCACCAAGGAAGGGGGGGGAGGGAGGCUGUGUUUGAAUGAGGC